GGGACUUUAGCUGCAAGGGUCACCCAGAGUCAGCAAACAACAGCUGCCCUUUGGAACCAGGGCUGAGCCCUGUGCCUGCACACGCCGGGACCAGAGGUGUGGGCAGGGGGACAGCAUGGCCAACACCCCCCUCCUCCUCUCCAUAUGUCUGCUGGGAGCUUGUCUUGCUGGUGAAAGCACAGUGUUCAUUGAGAACAAGGAGGCCAGCUCGGUGCUGCAGAGGCAGAGGAGAGCCAACUCCAACAGGCUGGAGGAGGUCAUUCCUGGCAACCUGGAGAGGGAGUGCAUCGAGGAGAAGUGCAGCUACGAGGAGGCCAGAGAGGUGUUUGAGAACGAGGAGAAAACGAUGCAGUUUUGGCAAACCUAUGUUGACGGGGACCAGUGCAGCCCCAACCCGUGCCAGAACGGAGCAGUGUGCAAGGACCAGGUCAACUCCUACGUGUGCUGGUGCCCAGCUGGCUACGAGGGCAAGAACUGUGAGAUUGACUUCACUUGUGCCAUUAAGAAUGGAGGCUGCAAGCACUUCUGCAGCCACCAGCCCCCCAAGAAGGUUGUGUGUUCCUGUGCUCCUGGCUAUAAACUCCAUGAAGAUGGCAAGUCCUGUGAGCCUACAGUGCCGUUUCCCUGCGGGAGGAUCACGGCUCCCGAAGCCAGGAGGAAGCUGACCCGGUCCAUGAACACCUUCGAGCACUGGAACAUCACCGGGGAUGACCCUGAGGAUGGGCUUGACGAGGGGCUGGAGAACAGCACGGCGAGCAGCGCUGCCAACAGCUCGGAGCCCAGCGCCGCGGGCAGCGCCAGCAUCUCCCCCGUGCUCAGGACGGGCACCCGCGUGGUCGGCGGGGCGGACAGCAUGAAAGGAGAGGUGCCCUGGCAGGUGCUGCUGGUGAACAGCGAGGGCUUGGGCUUCUGCGGCGCGACCAUCAUCAACGAGAAGUGGGUGGUGACGGCAGCGCACUGCCUGAAGCCGGGAUACACCCACAACCUCACCGCUGUGGCAGGUGAACACGAUGUGCGCAGCGAUGACCACACGGAGCAGCGGCGGAAGGUGGUGAGGCUGCUGCCGCACCCCACCUACGACGCCUCCAUCAACGAGUACCACAACGACAUCGCGCUGCUGGAGCUGGAGCAGCCGCUGACCCUCAGCCCCUACGUGACCCCCAUCUGCCUGGGCAGCCGCGAGUUCACCAACGCGCUGCUGAAGCAGGGCGUGGGCACGGUCAGCGGCUGGGGCCGCCAGCUCUUCCGCGGCCGCAAGGCCACCACCCUGCAGGUGCUCAAGGUGCCCUUCGUGGACCGGCCCACCUGCCUGAAGAGCACCUCCACCACCAUCCUGCAGAACAUGUUCUGCGCCGGCUUCCCGUCCGGGGGCAGGGACACCUGCGAGGGGGACAGCGGCGGGCCCUACACCACCGAGAUCGAGGGCACCUGGUUCCUCACGGGCAUCACCAGCUGGGGCGAGGAGUGUGCCCUGCCGGGCAAGUACGGCAUCUACACCCGCGUCUCCAAGUACGUCAAGUGGAUAAAGCAAACCACGCGGCUGCCCUAGCCUGGAUGUGUGUGCUGGGAUGGACUGGGAGUGCACAGCGAGCCCCGUGCUUCUGAGAGAUCCCUGCGUUCCAAUAAACACUUCUAAAGGAAAUAACCUCUGCUCUUGGUAGGUGAAAGUCGAGAGAGCGCAAAGAAAAUGUGGUAAUAAGGAAAUAAAAAUCCCUUUUAAUGAC